GCUCUGUACCUAACUAUGUUCAGAUUCUUAGGAGUGCUCCUGGGCAUAGCCAUCCGUACCGGAUCCCCUCUCAGUCUCAACCUGGCUGAACCUGUCUGGAAACAGCUGGCUGGGAUGAACCUCACCAUCGCUGACCUUAGUGAGGUGGAUAAAGACUUUAUACCUGGCCUGAUGUACAUCAGAGACAAUGAGGCCACGGCUGAGGAGUUUGAGGGCAUGACUCUCCCCUUCACAGUCCCUAACGCCAACGGACAGGAUAUCCAGCUCAGCUCUAAAUACUCCCACAUCACCCUGGAGAACAGGGCCGAGUAUGUCCGCCUCGCCAUCAACUACAGGUGA